AUGACGCUUACUAUCACGUGUUUAGCAUUGACUUUUGGGGCAGCAAUUCUUGUAUCUGCAGUGUCAUCAAGUGCUACGGGAGAACCAAUUCCGACAAAUGACAAGAGGAAGCUGAAAAGUGCUUUUGAUUUUGGCGAUGUGCUGGGUUUAGAGCUGAAGUCGUGCUCGUGCAAGUCGAUACGGCGUCCGUGUGUCUUCAUCCAUGGACAGGGUAUUCAACCUGAGUUAGCAGACAACCAAGACUCGUUUCCUCGCUACUGGGGUGAUCUGUCUGAACACGCCCCGUGCUGUUUGUCCAUGAAAUAUGCAAGGCUAGACACGAUAAACAAUUAUUGGACUAGCAACGCACUACAGCAAGCAACCUGCCACCGAGCUCUUGCUAUGAGUAGUUCUAGCACGAAAUCUACAAUCAAAGACACAAUCGUUAUUGCCCACUCGAUGGGAAAUCUCAUGUUGGCUGGAGCAAUUGCUAAUGGUCUAUGCGAGCUUGAUUCAAGCUCGACGUGGGUGGCUAUGUCGGGACCGAUGAAAGGAAGCAUGGCGUCAGACUUUAUCCAAAGCACUUGUGCUGGAAACGCGAGCAGAAUCCUCAAAGAUAUUGGUGAUCUUGUGGGAAAAUGCCCUCCAAAGAAAUCAAUUAUAUCGGUGGCGUACGAGGGCGGGAGUUACAGCUCCAAGAAAUUAGACGCUGCGUAUAAAGCUGCACAGAAGGUCUACCGUGACAAAGUGUACGCUGUCAUGUGCGGUGUAAGCUCUUCUGGACUCUUUUCCACUUACCAAUUGAAGUUUAUACUAUCUGACAGCCUUAUUCCCCACAAGUCGGACAAGAACGAUGGCGUGGUUGAAUUCCAGAGCUGCGCCGGUGGAAUUCCAGAUGAUAAAUUUGGCGACACUUAUCGUGACCGCUUCUACAGGGCUGAGCUCAACCAUUUUGACAUGGAGUUUUUUGCGGGUGAUUCACUUUUACGAAACGACGCGAAGAUGCCAGUGAAAUGGUUUGAAUGCCUGCUAUAA